CUGGUAGUGAGUCUGUCCAUCAGCUACUUAUGAUGCUGAAUGAUGUAUGGAAUAUCAAAAUAAUUUAAUAAUCAUGAUUAACUACAGGGGGAUUUCAUACUUUGAAUUAAAUCCAUUGAAAUCAAUGAGACUUACUCCCAGUUAAACAAGAAUAGGACCACCCCCUUUGCAAAACUUUUAUUUUAUUCAAAUGAUAAUCAAAAUCUUAAACUAAGUGAGAUUAACCCAGGCAUCUGGAGUGUCUGCAGCACCUAUGAAAAUAUUAGUGGGGUGGCAUUCCUAAUUCACAAACACCCAUCUAAAUCCUACACAUAUUAAAAGCUAUACAAAACAAUUACUAUUCUCAUAUAUUUGCUGAUCAUCUUAAUUCUUCAGAAUCUAGGCUUUACAUAAGUUUUACAGACACCUUGCCUACUGAAAAUAUAGUACAAGACAUAUUUUUGUUUCAUACUGCAAACUGUUAACAUACAUUUUGCUUCAAAUUUCAUAUAUAUUUAUGUCACAUUGCUUAAUCUUUCAGGACUAUUUGUUUUUCGUUUGUAGCAUGUGUGAAUCCAAUGCAGACAUGCAAACAAUAUUUAUUUCAAACAUUUUUAGCCACUUAAUUGCAAAACUCAGUAGUAAAUCAGUGGACAAAUUGUGGAUAUUAUUGCAUGUUGUGGCUUUCCAGCUAAUAGAAUACAAUAUUGUUUACACACUUGAAAGUACUGUAUUAGAUUAUACCAAUUCCUAUAAAUUGCUUGCAAUGUUAUGUUAAAAAUACAGAUGAACAGUUAAGCUACAAUAAACCAUGUAAGCAGACAAGUUAGUAAUUAAUUUCUAUAGUGGAAAAAAAUCUGGUUACUUCUGAAUUUGUUAUGCUAAGGAAAUUAGUUACUCCCUUUAUAUAACUCCAGAUUAAAAUAAUACAUGGAACAGUAGAAUGCAAACAAAUAUCUUAUAUUUGAGAUAACAAGUGCUAACUAUUCCAUUGAAUUUACCAUGUGUUAUGUUUAUUUUGACCCCAACUGGUAGCACUUAAGAACCAAGCUUGUCACCUCUCUUUCUGGCAGGUUCUCUGCAUGGUCCUUUUCAUCAUUGUGAAGACUUCCCUGAUGUAGACAUGCAUCCAAGGGAUCUUUCACCUGCUCAAUUGUUUCCUUCUCAUGCAGCUAUUUAAAUCUACAGAAGCCCUGGCUGACAAGAAAGGUGCUAUCAUGUACUGCAUUAUCAAGCUGCUGCAGAAAUUUAGCAGCAGCACACUGCUGGAGGGAACUUUUAAGCUUCCACAGCUAACGAUGAGACUCUUCUUUAAAUACUAUUUUUUUAAAAGACUGCUGAGUAGUUUUGCCUUCUUUCCUUAGAUCCUCCAGAAAACUGCAGUGCACAGGAAGGAGCCGUUCACCUCUCCUGAGCCUUUAAGUGGUCUGUUGUUAUUCCUUAAAGUGUUACCACCAGGCACGUUUCAUGGAAGACUCUGCACCUUUAAACAUUUCAGCAACAAACAGUGCAGCUUCCAUUCGAAAAAGUGGCAACUGUCAGUGGGGGAAAAAGACAACCAUUGUGGGCGUUUCCUCGUUGCAUAUUAGGCAAUAUCCCAGGCUCCCAAACGAGUUAAGGAAAGCCACAAGGCGAGCUUAUAACACAAUUCCCUCCCCACCCAAUUCGAAUACUAAAAGCGAUGUACAAUUCGGAAUACUUAAAAUACCCAACGAACCAUCCAAAAUUGCAAGGCGAGGCUGCCAACUUGCAAAGUGUAGGAAGAAGCGGAGCUCUGUGGAAACGCGCGUGGGGGGAAAAGCCUUGCCAAGCCAGAAGUUACAAGUUGAGGUGAAAUGGCAAAGCCCCAAGGAGGAUUCCUGGAGCAGCCAUUAUUGCAAGGCUGAGGGGAAAGGAGGCAGGAGGGAACCGCAGGAAGCCCCUGGGCUGCGAAGGCGAGUUGCGCUUCCUCCUCUUUAUUUCAAGGAGCCCCCUCAGCGCAGCCAGAGGGGGAAGGAGGAGGAGGAAGGGGAAGGGGAAGGGAAGCCGAGCCGCCCUUGGCGAACAAAAGAGGUUCCCCGAGCUGCAAUGGCGCGAGGCGGCGAGCCUCCUUUUCGCGCCACAAAGACAAGAGCGGCCGCGACGGCCCAAGGAGCCCGUGAAUGGAGAGAAAGGCGAGCGAAUCAGGGAGCCGAGGGCGCCGGCGCAAACGAGGCCGAGCGCGCUGGUAGGUGCAGCCCUCGUCCAAUCGGGAGCCGGCCUUGCUCCUCUCUACACACACACACACAGCCGGGGAGUCUCAUCCCGGAGCUCACGCGCGGCUUACUACGAUUACUACGGCUACUCCCAUGCAGCGCGCGCGCGCUUGUUGCUGAAUUGCAAGCUCGUCCUGCGUGA